AUGGAGACUGUAGAAAACAUUCUGUCACAACAUCCCCCAGAUAACGUGACGUACAGUCAUAUGGCAAAAUAUUCUUCCUCGAGCAAAAAACCUUGGGUCAAUAAUUAUCUUCCAAUUAAUCCACGACUUAACCCGCCGACCUACGAAUCAACCAACAGACUUCUUGCUCUCGAUCAAUAUCUACCAAAGCAGCCAUUCAUUUCCGAGUUAUACACUGCGGAUCCAAGCGAACGAAAACGCUUUCAACAACUUGUUUAUCCAUUGAAUCCUUCGAAAGAGAGACAUAUCCAAUCAGAAGCCGAUUCAUUUCGGGAUUUUGUACAAAACAUCUUAUUACCUGCUAUUCUCGCUUGGGAUGAAAGUGAUUUCAUAGAAAGAUGCCAGACAAGUCCUCCAGAAGUGCCCAAAUACCACAACAAAAGCGUGGAUCACUUAUUUACAUGGAAACUAGAUGGGACAAUGGGUACCGUCGCCGUACAAAGGACCUUAGACUCGUCCGGUAUCGUUAAGCCGUAUGCACGCAACACCGACGCUUUCGCAUGUGUGCAUGAGAAGCAUUCACCAUUUGCACCGCUGGAAUCUACAGUCAUCGACGCAAUACUGGUGUACGCCCGCCGCGAGCGAAACACGUUCACCGUGUCGUUGCGUUGUACGAGGUUCCCCACACCGGUCCCUGCCAGGAAAUUUAUGGUAGGUGCUAAGCGUUUGUCUGCGAAUAUCACCAAAGACCACAAGCGUUUCCAUGUCAGCCCGGGAUCUAAUGUUCAGAAUCCAGUUUUUAAGCUCCAUCUGCUUAACGAUGCUGUAGUCCGCGUCUAUGUCGGAUGCCAGGCUACAUCCUGUAUACAUGUGGAUAGGACUACGUGGAAAAAUGCUGACGCGCCGCGGCAUACGCAUCCCGACGUGUCGUCUUGUGAGCAUGAGUACAAGUUGGAAGCAUCCCUCAUGGCGUCAGCGGAGAAGAAGAAACGCGAUAAAUUGGCCAUGCAACUUGCAAUCGCCAAGGCACAAAAAGAAGAAGCUGCCGCUAAAGCUAUCGACCAUUCGGCGACACCGAAGGGAACGUAUUUCAAGAAAGCAUCGAAGGACGCGUAUAAGACCACCGGAGGACACCGCCCAACAGCAGGUCCUUCUUCGACUAAACACAAAUGUACAAGUUAUACAAACCCAGCUGUGACUCGUAACGUCCACCAUUCUGUCCAACCAACGUCGUCGGCAGUUGAGCUGUUGAAAGCGGCGCCUGCAAUAACGGAAUUUACCACGCGCAGCUUUGAGCCUCGGUAUUAUAAUGACGAUUAUGAAAUACGUCGGAGAAUACACUGUAGAGAAACUGCUGCGCUAUCAACCGACGGACAUGAUGGUAUCAGUCUCCGCAUGGGCCGAGUCCCUACGGAACCUGAUACGCGAGCUUCGCAUAGUCGCGCUGCAUCCGGACGGUGUGACUCCGAGGCGCUCAAGCGGACGGCUAUGCUACGGUGUGGUGUCUUAUACUAUAUCCCUGCAUUACGACGCGCGAUGCUUCUGGCGUCUAUACGGCGCGCCCAUUUAACCACGCAACACCUGACGUAUUACCCACGACACGCCUGCUAUGUCCUCGCCAAUACGCACGUUAAUAAUGAGCCCACGUUGGGCGUGUCGAUCUACGAGGUGGGUCAAUAUCAUGGGGACUACGAUGGUGACGAAAUGCACGUGAUGCCUGUUUACAACCAAGAGUCGGUGGCCGAAUGUGCCAGUUGGAUCCACGAUAUGGAUGAACCUUUCCGCGGUGCGAUUUCCGAACAUAUGAGCAUGAAUUUUGCGGGUCAUAAUGACCCGAAUUACAACUACAUGUCGUUGACCACCGUCAGUAUGGCGGAUAUUGCCAGGGGCGACGCAGACACACAUUUCGGCAAAGCUGCCAGGAUGAAGCCCGCGCUGGUGAGGCAAACAGGUACUAGAUUUACGAAUCAUCUGGCGGAGGACAACUACAUAGAAGAAUCAAUAAGGGGAAUGUCCGAUAUAACCAAACAACAACUGAUGCAGGGUCCCAUAGGGUACAUGUCUAGAAUGGCGAAAAUGGCGUCCAUGUGCUUCGUUAGAGUUGACUCGGCGCUAUGCGCCGUGAUCAAAGACGGUCUGGUGCACCUGGAAAAUAGCCCCUCAUACCAAGCAGGUUGUCCGUGCCUGACAGCAGUUUCCAGAAUAUGCGCCGCAGCGCAGCAGUCUGCACUAGACAGUCAUAGGGCGAGCGUUGAAGGAGGUGGACAUACUAGGGUGUUACCACCGCACGACAUGAUAGCCGAUCUGUUUGAAGGUUCACUAUCAACCGUCGUUGUCCUAGAAGGUCAUCUUUCUGUGCCGAGUGAUAUGAUAUGGAGAGCCGAGAUCGGCGCCGAUACCGUGUGUAUACUAACGAGCGAACAACUAGAAUGCUUUAAUACCUUUGACAUUAUUAAAGGGGAGUUUGAGUAUUGGUCGGGUCGGCCACUUUGGAAGGGAAUGUUGAACGGUGAUACAACCUUUCAUCAUCCAGACGGAUAUCAUCGGGAAUUUGAUAUUGAUGCCGGGAGAUGGUAUUGGAAACGUGGAGACGGUAAUGGUAAUCGUGUCGCAUGGGAUACCGUGUGA